AUGAGUGGGCCAACUCCGGAAAAGGCUCUUAUAGGUGUUCCCGAUCGGUGGAUGCAUUGUCCCAAAACAGGCAAGGUUGUGGAUAAUCUCUUCUUCCCUUUCAAAACACCUCUUUGCUCCCUUUAUGACGAUCAAAUAGACAAACGCUUGCGUUUUCAUCCCGAAGAUGUCUUCAAUCAUCCAGCAGUGCGAGGAAAGAAGAUAGGAUUAUGGGUAGAUCUGACGAAAACAGAUCGGUAUUAUUUCAUUAAGGAAGUUGAAAGUCACGGUUGUACAUAUCGCAAAAUGCCACUUGCUGGUCACGGUUCGUCACCUACACAAGAUGAAACCGAUCGAUUUAUUCGGCUGGUACAAGGGUUUACCAAGGAACAUCCUGGUGAAUUAGUAGGAGUGCACUGUACUCAUGGAUUCAAUCGUACGGGUUUCCUUAUCGCUGCAUAUAUGGUUGUUGCCAAGGAUUGGGCAGUGGAUUGUGCGGUUUUGACCUUUGCAAAAGAACGGCCAUGUGGUAUAUACAAACAAGACUACUUGGGAGAUCUGUUUGAAAGAUAUGGCGACCCAGAUGAUUGUCUUGAGGCUCCAAGUAAGCCAGCAUGGGAGUACGGUGACGCAAAUAGCUAUGAUGACUCUAAUGAGGCGUCUACAAGUGCGUCCGAGGAAAAGCAAGAAAAUGGGAAUCAGAACGGAGAUAGCAAACCUGGAAAACCUGCGAAACAAUUCAUGGAUGGCCUCGUACGCAAUGUUAAUCUAGUCACCGACUCCAUAAAAAAGAAAAUGUUACAGGGCAAGAUCAAAGAAUUAUGUGGAGCUAAACGUGACGGCUUUCCUGGAUUGCAACCAGUGUCGCUGGAAAGGUCACGUGAGGCCGAUAACAUGAAGCUUUUGGCACAGCGUCCAUAUAUGGUGUCAUGGAAAGCAGAUGGCAUGAGGUACAUGGUUUAUAUCAAUGGACCAAAUGAAGUUUAUGCAUUUGAUCGUGAUAAUGAGGUAUUUCUGAUAGAAGGCUUGACGUUCCCUCACAGAAAGUAUGAUCGUCAUGUACAAAACACAUUAGUUGACGCAGAAAUGAUUAUUGACCACGUUAAAAAUGAGCAUGGAGAUAUGGUCGAUCUUCCACGGCUUUUGAUAUAUGAUAUCAUACAUUUUGAGGACAUCCACGUCGGCAAGGAGAACUUCGACAUUCGUUUCCAGUGCAUCCGACGGGAGCUCAUUGAACCAAGGAAUAAAGCAAUCAGGGAAGGUCGUAUACGCAAGGAACGGGAACCAAUGUCUGUGCGAGUGAAAGAUUUCUGGGAACUGGAAGCAUUGCCAAAAUUGUUUGAGCCAAAGUUCACAAAGAAUGUGGGGCACGAGAUCGAUGGAUUGAUCUUGCAGCCCGUGGAUGUGCCUUACACUCCCGGACGAUCGGACCUAGUCUUGAAAUGGAAGCCGCCGUCACAUAACUCCAUCGACUUCAAGUUGCAGAUUAGGAAAGUAGUCAAGGAAGGCGAAUUGCCACAACACAUCGGUUAUCUUUACGUCCAGCAUGCGAAUGAGCCGAUGGCCACUAUGAAAGCGACGAAAAAGCUUUUACCAUACGAUAACAAGAUUAUCGAGUGCACGUUUGAUAAUGGUCAAUGGAUAUUUAUGCGGGAACGCACGGAUAAGUCACUGCCAAAUUCAUUGAAAACGGCUCAAUCUGUCUACAACAGCAUGAUCAAUCCAAUUGACAAGAAUUUGCUAAUAGAUUUUGUUGCGAAAUACGGGUACAAGAGAAGACAUGCACAAAUUGAACCAGAUAAAAAGCGGCCUAGGCUUGAUAUGAGGCGACUUGUUCGAUAG